AAAGGUACUGUGUAAUCAGAUUAGCUCAGUUGCAUGCAGGUCAGUUUGUGCGUUCUGAACAUAGCCGCAUGUCUGCCGUGCCGAGCGUCAGUCAUUCGCGUCGGUUCUUCGUCGCGCUCCGGACGUCAGCGCUCGCGCCGCGGACGGUUAACGUUCCAUUUUCAAAUUCAAAAUUUGACUGAACGAUUUGUGACAGUUGUUCAAAAUAAAACUGACAGUGUUCAAACGUUGCAUAUAGUUUCCAGUGAGUGUACAUUGUGAUGUUUCAUACAUAAUUGGCUGUGCGUGCGUGUAGAGACAAGUGGUUGUGACCUUCGUUGUUAACAAAAAGGAGUACCUAUGUUUUGAAACUUGUAGUGGGAAACCAUGAAUUCGAAAAAGUUGGAGUGUUUCAAUGAUGACGAUUCAGUGGAUGAGAAACUGAGCCUCAGCUUUCUAGGUGCAUGGAGCCUCGCCUCGUAGUUUACUUGGCAGCCAUCAGACAGCUACUAGAAAGCGAGACAGGCGGCACCAACUGUCCCAGCUGUAAUAUGCCUUUCGACAAAGGCAAGAAGAGAAAGCUGAUCGACACCUGCGGACACGAGCGGUGCUACGCCUGCAUGUUCAGAAACGAAGCCUGCCCCAUCUGCGCUAGAAACAGCCAGGGCAGACGCACCAUGGACCGAUACACGCCAUCCCCACAAAGACCUGAAGAUUACAAUCCUACAAGAUUACCUAAGCCUCCUAAACAGCCCACCAAUUUAGUCCAAAGCUGUCCCACGCCACCGCAUACGAGGAGAAGAUUUUUCCUGAGUCCCAAGUCGCUUAGGAGUCCGUUCGCUCAGCGGGCGUCGCGCCACAGCUCCGAAAACCACGUGCCUCUAUCAGGACUACCCGAGGAAGGCCCCAGAAGCGCGGCCUGGCAUAGCCUGGUCUUUAACAAGAUCAGGUCGCUAUGGUCGGCGCACUCCUCAGUGCCGCAGGGGCUCAACCAGCUGACAGAUGACGAAGGUGGCCACAUAAAGCAGGGCUUCGAGUCGCGGCGUCAGAAUGAUCUAUACAUGCGCUUGGGCUUGCUGCUGGGCGAGCGGCGCUCACGCAACAAGGCUCGCGAUAGUUGCACGUCGCUCGCCUCGCUUGAUGCGCACUCGCUAUCGCAUAAUACCAGCCCGGUAUCAACGUUGACCGGUUCAUCAGAGGUAGAAGCGGCGACGCCGCUCGGCCGAGAUUCCCUGGGCUCCCUGGCUUCCAUGUCAUUGUCGGCUGCCAGCAAUUGUUCCUCAUCCAGCCCAGGCAGCAGACGACACUCGGUUAACACACUCCAAAAUGGCAGCAGAUCAGAAGAGCUGACGCGGAUGUCCAGCGGGUUUUUCAAGAACCGAAAAACCGCCGCCCGACGCUCCGCCAGAGUCAGCAGCAAGCAAUCCUCGACCUCCGAGCUGAAGAAGGUCCAUCCUUCGCCUCAGCUGACGCUACGACCCCUGUUCUUCGAAGUGCCUUCGACGGAUAAUCAGGGAUGUUUCUCGGGAAGGCAGUGGCUGAUGAAGGAUAUGGAGAAGGCUUUGGAGUCUAGUUCUUCGGGUAUCCUCAUCGCCGGCGGCCCAGGCACCGGCAAAACUGCCCUCAUCCUCCAACUGGUGCAGUACUCCUGCUUCGGUAGGAAACGAAAUCAUGACUACGAAGAGUUGCGAGAGCAGUCCGACAUCCGAGAGAUCCUGCCAGAAGAGUUGACUGCUGGGAUGUGCACGCAUCUUGCCUCGCAUGUUGUCGCUUAUCAUUUUUGUCAGGCUGAUAACAACAGCACAUGUUUAGUCGGGGAAUUCGUCCACUCCCUUGCAGCACAACUCUGCCAAGCACCAAGACUCCAAGCUUACAGAGAAUACCUACUCAGCGAGCCACAUCUACUAGCCUGUCUUUCAUUGAAGGAGUGCAUAGCAGAUCCGGAUCUCGCGUUCAUGAGGGGCAUCAUAGAACCACUCAUAAUACUAAGGAGGAAUGGAAGCAUAGACAGAUCGAAUAGUAUAAUACUCAUUGAUGGACUUUGUGAAGCCGAAUACCAUAGGCCGGACCAUGGACACACGAUAGCAUCGUUCCUGGCUAAGCAUGUGACGGAAAUGCCUCAGUGGCUCAAGGUUGUAGCCACUGUAAGAACACAAUUCAUAGAAUUAACCAAGCAACUGCCGUAUACAAGAUUAAGUUUAGACGAUUCAGAAAAUGUACAUAAAGAUUUACUUGAAUACUUUAAUAUGAGAGUACAAAAUGCACCAAUAAUAGAAACAAACAUCAAAUGCUCGACAGGAAAGAUGGAAGGUGUUCACAACUCAGUGAUGAAAUUUGCACAGUACGUUUUACAUCUGAGUCAAGGAUCGUUUCUGUUCCUAAAGUUAAUACUAGAUCUCCUCGAAAGAAGCCAUAUUGUUGUCAAGUCAACGAAUUACAAAGUGGUGCCAAUAUCUUUAGCACAGAUAUUUUUACUGCAGUUCAAUUUAAGGUUCCCAACAGUACAGUCAUUCGAAAAGGUCACUCACAUACUGAGCGUAUGCUUAGCUGCUUUAUACCCUCUGACAUUAGUAGAGAUAUACUAUUCAGUAAAUUCGCUGUUGGUUGACAAAUUCCUUCCUUGGGAUGAGUUCUGUCACAGAUUCGACAGUCUCACAGACUUUCUAGUAAAGAGGAUCGACAACACGUACAUGUUCUUCCACCCAUCCUUCAGGGAAUGGCUGAUGCGUCGAGAUGACAAUGAAAGCCCUAAAUUCCUUUGUGAUUUAAGAGCAGGGCACUGCGGAAUCGCAUUCCGAUUGGCUAGAGUACAAGCGCCUUUGGAUCCAGAGAAGUCCAUGGAACUGGGACAUCACAUUCUGAAAGCCCAUAUGUACAGAAAUCUGGGUCCUGCGCAAUUAGGAUUAUGUCCAAGGGACUUGCAAGCGAAUUUGGUUGCAAGCAGUUCCGCCAAUGUUGGUGAAUCCAUCGCGAAUUUAAGGAAUAUUUAUACGCCGAAUGUGAAAGUUUCAAGACUAAUGUUGCUUGCGGGUGGUUCUCCAAAUCAAAUUACGGAUUGUCUUGGAAAUGCUCCUUUGCUUUGCAUGUAUUCCUACCAAGGGAUCUUGGCCAUGGUUGGUCUCUUACUGGAGUUUGGCGCUGACCUUGAGAUGACAAACUCACAGGGAUGUACGGCGCUUUCUUUGGCGUGCCAAAGGGGUCAUACUGAUGUUGCCAGGAGGCUUAUAGCAGCAGGUGCAUCACUAAGCCAUACAGACACAGCCGAACAGACACCUCUAGUGCACGCAGCCAAGAAUGGCCACAGAGACACAGUGAUAUACCUCCUCGGCUGCCAGACGGGGCGAGACGACCGAAACCCACUGGACUUCGACGAUGAUAACAUAGAGCAAGUGGUGCCGGGGUCGAGGCAUGCGCUGAUUGGCGCGGCGCAGAACGGACAUUUGGAUAUUGUGGAGUAUCUGCUUGAUACUGCUGAAUUAAUCCCCGACGGUAUCUGCCCAGUAACCGGCGAGACAGCCCUCACAGCCGCCUGCUCAACCGGCAACGCCGCUAUCGCCGACGCCCUCCUUAUCAGAGGCGCCACUCCCUACUCUUUAAACGCCCGUCAACUAUCACCCCUAGCUUUAGCAGCUAAGAAUGGAAGAACAGCGUUAGUGUUGAGACUGUUGGACUCGGGAGCUGAUGUAAUGGGGUCGGGAGGAAAGAUUCCAUUGAUUCUGGCGGCUGCUGAGGGUCAUGUUGACGUUGUUGAAAUGCUGUUGGAGCAUGGUGCUGACCCUGAUGCAGUAGAUGCUGAUGGAAUUUCCGCACUUGGCUGGUCUUGCCUGCGAUCCAGAAUACCAACUAUGGUGGCAUUAAUUGAUAGAGGAGCUACCAUAGAUCAACCUGACGGCAGUGGCAGAACACCUCUUGGCUUAGCGUGUGGCGGAUCAGCUGAGCUGGUAGAGAUACUCCUGGAGAAGGGAGCCUCGUUGGAAAGGGUGGACCACAGCGGACUGAGGCCUUUGGACCGGGCGAUUGGACAACGGAAUGUUCCUGUCGUCAACUGUUUCCUGAGAAAAGGUGCCAAGCUCGGUCCGACAACGUGGGUUAUGGCUUCAGGAAAACCUGAAUUCAUGCUAAUCCUCCUUAACAAACUCCUCGAAGACGGCAACAUGCUAUACCGCAAGAAUCGUCCCUCGGAGGCGGCCCACCGCUACCAAUAUGCCCUAAAGAAGAUCAACCCCCUCAUCAGCGAUGAAGGCUUGACUACGCCGACUACGCCGGUGCCUCAUGAGCAUGUGUCGGCGUUUGUGCAGUUGAAGACGAAUCUGUUGCUGAAUCUAUCGAGGUGUAAGAGAAAGUUGAAUGAACCAUCAGAGGCCUUGGACCUCGCCGCUCGUGCGUCCGUACUCCGCCCUAACGCCUUCGAAUGUGCCUACGCCAUGGCCCGCGCCAUUCUCGCCCUCAACAAGCCUUCAGAAGCCCUUCCUCACGCCAGACGAGCCCUCCUCUUAGCUCCAUCCACAGACUUACCCACCAUACGAACCCUCAAAGCGCUCCAAUCGGAGAUUUUGUCCAGGAUAAACGCGGGUACUCAUAGUCUGAACGGGGAUAGCCGAUCAGUCAGGAAUUUUGAUACGAUAAGUUUGAAUAUGCCUUAACGCAACCCAGUGGAAAUUAUAUGGCUGUACAAUUUUUUGUUCAUUACUUAUUCGAAAUUUUGUGUCAUUGUGUUGUGUAUUUAUGUUAAGUUGCAAUUUAGAUUUUUCUGUGACAAGUGAAGAAGCAUUAAUGUUCUUUAAUGCAAAGUGUAAUUAUUAUAAUUUGUUCUUUCAAUGCAAGUUUUUAAGUGUGUAUAUUUUAAUCUCUAUUUAGCAAGCAGGUUAUUUUUGAGUUAUAAAUAUGUACAAUGUAGUUUUUUUUUUGUUUUUGCAGUUUGCAUAUGUAUGAAACAUCAUGUGUGCUAUUCGUAGGUAGGUUUUAUUUUAUGUGAAUACAUGACAUAGCUGUGUAAAUAUAUUCUUUCUAAAAUAGUUGAAGCAUUGAGUCCACGUUAUAACAAUUUUGACUUGGAUUAUUUUUUACAAUGGUUGCUUGCCAUUAAAUAUGAAGAUGCUUUAAAUAAUUUGCCUUACUAUUAUUUAAAUAUUUAUAAAGUAUAAUGACAUUUAGUCGUAGAUUCUAUUAUUUCAAAAUAUUUAAUUUAAGUUCAUUCUAUCGCCUUUCCACGUAGUAAGUGUAUACAGUAUACGUCCUUGCAAUCUUUAUUUUAAUUUUAAUUCUUUGUUAUUAUUUUGUUGAUAAAAUGAGUAAAACUCAUUCGCCCAUCUCUUGCUUUAUUUUAAUUUAUUUAAAAAAGUUUAGUUCUUAUGAGAAAAUUCACUAGGGUUGUAAUUAAAGGCGAGAUAAGACAAUUUUCGUGUUUUUCCAUAUGUAUAAAACAAAUAAAAAACUAAGUGUGAUUUAUAAGUAUCCUUUAUUGAUAAGUUUAUUUAUGUGAUGCAUUCAAACAUAUUUAAAUUAUUUGGUAUAUGCAUGUUCUAAAUUAAAUAUACUGGCUAUAUUCGACAUUUAUAGAAAAGACUGACAAUUAUUAUUGGUUCAACUUUAUCAUACAUAUAUUUGUAACUAAAUAUACAUACUUAUAGAAGAUAUUAUAAGUACAAUAGAUACUGUGAGUAUACAUAAUUAUAUUAUUAAAUUUUUCAUAUUGCUUCAAA